CAUGUGCAACAGUUAACAAAUUGGACGACGAGGUCGAGGUCCUGGUUGUACCUGUAGGCUAGUGUAGCAGCCAACGUUGCCAAAACAAACCUUUCCCUCUUCCCCUGGACGAUCCUUUCAAUUCAACAGUACCAGUAUAGUAUCAUAAAAUGGAUUGGACCAGUGUUUUCGAAGAGGACGGAGACGAAGCUUUCUUGAUUUCCCAGCAACUCAUGGCCAUCCCACAGGCUCCUCGUUUGGCUCGACUCGUCAGCAAGCUCUACCAUCAUCAACAUUCCGAUGAUGAUGAAGAGGAACACGUUCAUAGAGUCAGUCACGAUGAUGGCAAUUUUAUAGACGAAGAUAUCAGCGAGCAUCGGCUGUUCCAUUUAUCCUCAAGAUCAUCCAAUGGAAACAUCCUGGAGGCUGAAAACACUACUACUAGUACUUCGUCUGCCUACAACCUUCGAGUUCUGUACUAUCUCUCCAUCAAUUACAUUCUGGGAGUGGGUUGUCUAGGGGUACCCUACGCAUUUGCCAGAGCCGGAUUCCUGUUAUGUAUCAGUAUUCUCAGCAUUGUAACCCUGUCUUCGUAUAUGACAGUCAUGUGGGUAGCAGAGUCUGGCGAACGAUAUCAUUCCCUCCAACAACAACGCCAGCAACUCCAACAUGUAUCCGCAGAUGAGACUUCUCACAAAGGCAAUUCCAGAACAGCAUCCGAAACGUCACCAUUGGUUCCUGGAAACGGCAACAACAAUAAUCAUGACCAUCAUCAUCAUCAUCAUCAUCAAAGCUGGGAUCGAUAUGAAGUGGUGGAUUUGGUGGGCUUCUUCUUGGGCCCAAUACACAAAAUAUUAUACCAAGCAUCCCUCAUGGCACUCAUGUACAUUGGACUCCUGGCUUACUCCCAGGUCUUUUGCAGUGCCAUUGCCGAACUAUUCUUGUGGGGACCAUCCUCUGGUCGCCAAUCCAUUGCCGGGCUGCCACAGCUAAUCUUUGGUUUGAUGGUGGUGCCAUUAUCGUGUGUCGAGUUGGACGAACAGAUUAGUUUGCAAUCCAUCAUGGCAGCCGUACGAUUCUUGGCCAUUUUCAUCAUGGUAUUUGGGUCUCUCCUGGCAUUGUUUCUAGACAAUUCCAAUACUACAGAUCCGGAGGACGACGGCAGCGGGCCUCCCUAUUGGGCACCACCCGAACGAGAAGGGUGUCAGAUGAGCUACACAGCUUGCGUCUCGGGAUUUGGCGUGGCAUUUUCCACUUCACUCUUCUCCCAAUUAUUCCAACAUUCCGUGCCUGGUCUCUUGAGGCCUCUACGAGAUCAACCCUCCAAACACAGCAAGGUGCCGAGAACAUUUGGGGCCUCUUUGCUGACAACACUCUCUUUCUACUUGCUCUUGGGCAUAUCUGCAGCCUCCUUCUUUGGCGCCAAUACUCGUUCGUCCGUCAACUUGAACUUUGCCAACUUUACCAUGGGCCUGGACGCCGAGACAGCGCCACUUUGGCUCUUGCUGGUAGUCCGGACGGCUGCAAGUGUUGUAGUCAUCUUUCCGGCGUUGGAUACCAUCAGUGUCUUUCCCCUCAUUGCCAAUACGCUGGGGAACAACCUAUCAGCUGCUGCUGUGGGACCGGCUACCAUCCGAUGGGUUGCGGAUAUGCUGCAAAAGCAGCAGUCUGUGUGGCAACGCAUUGUCACUAGACAACCAUUCACAGCGGAAACAGCAAGUCAUCCGCAAACCUCGAACAGGGUCAGCUUUAGCCAAGGCUCUCCAGAGGAACGCAAAGUGUUGAUUGGACGCUCAUCCAGAUUGAUCACAAUCUUUUGGAGAUUGGUGGCGGCACUUCCCCCACUGUUGGGGUCCAUUGUAGCUGCAGACCUAUCCUUUAGUCUGCUCUUGGCUGGUGUAGCGGGUGUCUAUGUUGCCUUUUUUGCUCCCUCCUUGAUGCAGUUAAAGAGUGUAUUCCAGGCUCGGGCAGAUGACACCGCUGGCACGGGCUCGCAGACAAUCUUCCAGGGUUGGUACUCUUCCACCUUUCUUUGCUAUCCAGUCCUAGUGUUUGCCACAUUUUCGCUGUUAGCGGUACUACUCCAGAUCAAAGGAGCAUGGUUAGAAAUGCAGCACUAGCUACGGUAGUGGCGAGAGUCAUAAGAGCUUUUGAUGGCAACUAUCUUGGUCUACUCAUGCCUCUUGGCUAGCAAAUAAAUUACACCGGAUUGAUCGUUUUAGACACAGUGCUGUCGGCAGAAACUUACGCAAUCGGUUUGCAUUACAGAUAUCACAACCAACGAGAGGUCUUAUUACGAAAAGGCCAGCAAAACAUCAUCUUUUAGAGUUCCGCCGGCGCAAGCAGCUGCGUUUCGGUAGAAAUGGAUCCGUCUUACACGGACAAUCGAGGUAACGAAGUAACUAA